AUGGCUCUAGUUUUGGACUUCAUGUACGAAGGAAGAAUUACGAUUCAAGAAGAAAAUGUUCAGGAGAUCCUCUGGAUGUCAGAUUUCCUGGACAUCAGCAGUUUACGAAACCUGUGCGUGAAAUUUCUUGAAAGUCAACUAGAUCCUUUGAACUGUGUAGGGAUAAAGAAGAUUGCAGACACAUUAUCCAUUCCUUCUUUGUCUGAUAAAACCAGUAAGAUGAUGUUGGAAAGGUUUACAGAAGUUUCCAUACAAGAGGAAUUUUUGGACUUAAGUAAAGAGGAACUGAUCGAGUACCUAUCUAGCGAUGACUUGGUGGUGCCCAAGGAGGAGGUGGUCUUUGAAGCUGUCUUGAGAUGGUACAAGAAAAAUGAAACGAGAGGGGAAAAGGUGCUAAAGGAUCUUUUGGAACAUGUCAGAUUGCCCAUGCUGGACCCUGCUUAUUUUCUGGAGAAGGUGGAAAUGGACAAGGUCAUCCAAGAUUCCCCAGAGUGUGUCCCUUUAUUAUAUGAAGCUCAGCUGUACCAUAUUCUUGGUGACACUGGCAACUCAAUUAGGAUGAGGCCAAGGAGAUUUAUGGAUUUAUCUGAAAUGAUUGUUGCCAUUGGUGGCUGUGACAAGAGAGGGGCCUUAAAGUUACCAUACAUUGACAGCUAUGACCCUAAGACGGGACAGGGGAUGGGGCUCUCUGGACUCCCAGGAUACAUCAAAUCUGAGAUGGCCACCUGCGUGUUGAAGAAUAACAUUUAUAUCUCAGGUGGUCAUAUAGAUAGCCGGCAUGUUUGGAUGCUCAAUGUCCACGUCAACAGUUGGGUUAAAGUCGCCUCGCUGAGCACAGGCCGAUGGAGACAUGGCAUGGUGACAUUGAAGGGACAGAUCUAUGCAGUUGGUGGUUUUGAUGGUCAGAGCCGGUUGUCCACAAUGGAACGGUACAGCUCGUUUACCAAUGCCUGGACUGCUGCCACGCCCAUGCUGGAAGCUGUGAGCUCUGCGGGGGUGGUCACUUGUAAGAACAAGCUGUAUGUCAUUGGUGGAGCAGUAAAUGAUCAUCAGAGCACAGACAAGGUUCAGUGUUACGAUCCCGUGGAGGAUAAAUGGACCUAUAGGUCUCCAGCCCCAUUCUGCAAGGACUGUAUCAGUGCGGUUGAGAUAGAUGGAUUGAUUUAUGUUGUUGGCGGGUUAAUGAGCACCAUCUUCAAAUACCAGCCGGAGCCGGAUGUGUGGAGCGAGGUGGCUGCAUUACCUGGAGUACUGGAAAGCUGUGGGGUGACGGUCUGCGGAGGGAAGAUCUAUAUUCUGGGCGGCAGGGAUGAAAACGGCGAAGGGACGGAGAAAACUUUUGUAUACGAUCCAAAGACAAAUAUAGUUUCUGAGGGACAGCCUCUGCUACGCGGCAUCAGUCACCACGGCUGUGUCACACCGUUCUGCGAAGACAGAGCACAUGACUGA